AUGGUGUCUGCCUCAAAUGCAUUUAUGUCCUUGUACAUUCCCAUCUUCCUAAUCCUCCCUGUAAUUUUCUCCAUCUCUACUGCUGUCCAUACUAUCCCACUAAAUGGUACCUGUCUUGAUACUUGCGGCACAAUACCUGUGAAGUUCCCUUUUGGCACUGGAUUUGGAUGUGGACACCCUGACUUUGCUAGAUACGUGAGAUGCAACUCAGGCACUCUGGAAUUUUCUACGGGCACUGGCAUUUACACCAUCUCCUCAAUUGAUUACCCAAGCAACACUUUGAUUGUCACAGACCCUCUCAUGUCAACUUGCAGUUCAAUGCAGGACUCAGGAAGCUUUAGCUUGGAUCGGGCUAGUCCAUUCACUUUAACAGGAGAUAAUAUCUUUGUUUUGCUAGGAUGCUCUACCACUUCUCCUGUAUUUGACCCAAAAGAAGAUUUGUGCGACACAGGGUCAGGUUCUCGUGUUUGUAGAGGAUUAUAUUCUUGUAAGGGAGUCUCAGGAAUUGGGUUGCCACAGAAUGCACCGAUAUCUACAUGCUGUGUUUAUGAGUCACCUAUUCAACUUGCAGGCUACACAUUGGAUCUUCCCAAACUCCAAUGCUCUUCAUAUACAUCAGUAUACAGUUUUGGGGGCAAUGAGGGAGAUCCGAUGAAAUGGAAUUUUGGGAUAUCUCUACAAUAUAAUGGUUCAUAUUAUAGUAAUAUCUGCAAGGAUUGUGAAUCUAGUGGGGGCUUGUGUGGCUUUGCAGGUUUUGAUCAGUCAUUUGCCUGUAUAUGCCGGAAUGGGAAGAAUACAACCACCAGUUGCUUUGCUCAAGGGCUUGCCUGGAGCGGGACAUGGGGAUCAAAAGUUCAAACCAAGUUCAGUCUUGCAGGUGGGAUGCCUUAA